CUUGAGCAGUCGAGGGUCCCAACCUCUUCGCAUGCACUCUUUGCAUUCGAUGAACAUCAAUCACACUUACCGACCAUGGCCGAUUCACUAUAGCAGCCACCAGUUCUCGUUUCUGACUACGAGUACAUGCAGGUUCUUCAUCGAGCUGGUUACAGAUUUAAUUUGCCAGUAUCCCCUCCUCCAGAGCCGAAGACAGUAUCUCUGCCAUGAUCAUGGUCGCCUUUGGCAACGUCCGACCACCAAAUUCUCUUUGACGUACUCAAUAGCGGUGUGCUUGCCAUUGUUGUCGACUGCUCCUUUUAUGGGCGAGCUCAAUCGUUGGCUAAGGGAUAUCGAAGGGCACCCGUUACUGACAGUGCUUCCAGUUGUUCUCUACGCAAUCAACACUUCCAACAUAGUCACUUCUUCUUUGCGCACGAUAAUGACCCCAAGACUAUCAUCGGCGUGAGAUUCGCCACGGGGUGUGAUGCUUCGUACGUGGCCAGUUUGUCUGACAUAGCAAGAUUGGAACCCGAGGGUGAAAGACUCACGCGCUUUCGACAAUGCGCAUCG